AUGAAUGAUCCUCUCGCUUUCCCAUGGGCACUGAUAUGUUCCGUACCUGACAGAAAUUCGGUCCCUUCAUUGCAGAUAUUCACUUUGUGGCUUACAAGCACAUUACAAGAAAAAGCAAUCCAAUAUGGAUGCAGCCGUCGUUUUGAUAAAGAUCCGAAAGUUGUAUUCUAUACAACUCCUGGAAGUGAGGAGGAAGUUAGGACGGUAUAUGGCAUUAUUCAUAGAGAUCAUCCUGAAGUCAUAGUUGUCUUUCAUAUUUUGCCAGUACCAAAUUCAAUUGAGUAUAAAUUAAUGAAGGAACUGGCUGAUGAAUAUGAUCUGAUACGCCAAGGAGUACUGUUGGAGAAAGCCAUUACUUAUUUUAAAGAAUGUGAUAUUAAAGAAGUACUUGGUAACAUGCUUCAGUGGUUUAAUCGUCGUAUUUCACGACUUGUAGCUUUGGAAAACAAGGCUCUUACAAAAUUCAGUCUACAGAUUGGCGAAGGAGGAAAUUAUACAACAAACAUGAUAUCCUUUUCAAUGAACAACAUCAAUACUACAGUGCAAAAGGUCCUCCAUGGUAAAGACGAUGACAUAUCUCAAGAUACCAAUGUAAAAGCAACUGUUGAAGUUUUUGGUUAUCCGUCAAAUUUCAAUGAAUUCGAAAUUGCCAAUGUUUUUAAUAAUUUCCGAGUCGUCCAAGUAAUGAAGAGUUUAAUUAAUGGUGCAAAAGUAGAAUUCAUAAAUGAAAUUCAUGCAGCUCAGGCCGCUAUUGAAUAUAAUCGAAAAUGGAUUGAUUCAGUACAUUCAUUGACGGUUACGCCCAUUCAUCCAGAAGUACUCAAAGGAGUGAAAAUAGCGCUACGCGAUGAAAAUUUCUUUUAUUAA